CUAGCAGCAACUAAUGAUGACGACACCCUUGUAAAGCUACGGGACUACGCGAAUACAACGUGGCCGCUUCACAAGCAAGAAGUCCCGGAGCCACUUAGGUCGUAUUGGGCGUACCGGGACGAGAUACAUGCACAGGACGGCCUCGUGUUUCGAAGCAAUAAGGUAAUUGUACCGCAAUCAAAGAUAUGGGAAAUGAUGAGUCUUCUUCACGCGGCGCACGUGGGAGUAGAUAAGAUGAAGGCGAGAGCAAGGAACGUGAUGUUCUGGCCAAAUAUUUCCAGCAACAUUGAGCAGUUCUGUAAAGCCUGCAAAGUGUGCCAAAAGCAUCAGCCUCGACACCCUAAAAUGCCACUCCUGAGUCAUGAUGUGCCCUCACUACCAUGGGAAGUUGUCGGCAUGGACUUGUUCUCGUUUGAAGGCCACGAGUUCGCCCUUAUUGUCGACUUCUACUCCUUCUUCUUUGAAAUUCGAGAGUUUCGUACAACAACUGCAAGCUCUCUUAACACGUGGUGUUCUCAAAUUUUCUCGGUCCAUGGCUUGCCUAGGAAGUUGUGCACUGACAAUGGUCCGCCUUUUAACAGCAGAGAGUUUAAGGACUUUCUCAACACCUUGGCUGUUGAUCACAUCACCUCAAGCCCCUAUCAUCCCCGUUCCAAUGGCAUGACGGAGAGAGCGGUUCAGGAAGCAAAAAAGCUGUUAAAGAAGUGUUCCUUUAAAAUGCCUGUGUUUCAAAUGGCAUUGCUUGAAUGGCGCAAUACCCCACGUGAUGAUGUGCUCCAGUCCCCCGUGCAGAGGCUGAUGGGACGCCAGACUAGGACGCUUCUACCAGUACCUACCAGCCACUUGGAACCACGGACACUUCCCCCUGACGUGGUCCAGGGCCGCCUUCAAGAAAUACGCCAACGACAGAGGACCUACUACAACCGUGGCAGCAGGAACUUGCCGCCUGUGAUGCCAGGUCAGCAGGUCACAGUGUACGAUACAAACCAGCGGACCUGGUCUCCCGCAGUCUUUCUCCGACCAGCCGAUGAACACCGCUCAACGAUCGUCAAGACUGAAGACGGCCGGGAACUUCGGCGCACACGAGAGCACCUCCGCCUGGUAGACCCACAGCCGGAAGCAAGCCUCGUGCCCGAAGACGUAUCUACCACAGAGCCCCCUCAAGAACUACGCAGAAGCACAAGACUUCGACGCGAGCCCUGUCGGUACCCUCAGCAAGAGACACGGUGACCACGUCUUAAGUUCCCCUGUAAAAGGGAAGAUGUAGCAAGACUGAAUAUGUGCUACGUCACGCUUAUAUGUAUGCACUGCGCAUGACCCACUGCGGCACUACUUUGUAUAUAUAUCCCGUUCAUUCAUGCAAUAAAG